AUUCAUCCAUUGUUCCAUUUAUCUCUUGCGGAUUUUUUCCUUGCGUGUGGUUGGUUUGUUACAACGUCGUUGUGGUGGGUCCAUCGCAAUGACUCGGCCAAGGAUGCUGAAGCUUGUUUUUAUCUGGAAAUUGUCACGGAGGUCAGUUGUACUGCAUGAUCAACUAAUGUGAACCAUGAUCUUCUGCUUACAAGCCACUGAUCCUUUCAAAUAAACUUUUUAAUAAACCAAUAGAUGAUUCCCCUUAUUACGUUUUCGUAGCGCUUUGCAUUGUGGAGAUAGUGGUAUCACUGAUAAAGAUAGCGGCCUCGAAUGAAAAUAUUCAAUGUUUUCGCGAAUAUUUUGCUGUUGGCUAUCAAGCACCUGACCCUAGCUUUUUUAAAAGUUCUUGCACGGGUCAGGACAAAAAAUAAGCCAUCGUGAAUAUCAGUGAUACCAUUAUAACCACAAUGCAAAGCGCUACGAAAACGUAAUAAGGGGAAUCAUCUAUUACCCCCCAUUUUCAGGGUGGUACUGGACUUCUCAGGGGCUGGGGUGCUAGACACUGCUAGGUGGGAUGGGCACCUCUUGUGCACCCAUGAUAGAUCCGCCCCUGACCCUCUCUAUUAAUGCCCAGCACCUUUUCAACAAACAGAUAUGUGUGCUGAUUAGAAUUUUUAAUUCGUAUGGAUUGUUCAUGUUAAUGCACGACUCCUAAGUUUUAAGUUGUUUCCCAAUAAGGUUACUUUCUAAAUUUGGAACAUUGACCAGAUUUGCCAGUCACUUACUAAAGUACCGAAAUACUGAACAUAGACUCGAUCGUCAUUUGCAGUAUUUACUAACAUAUAGCCAACGAAUUAAUUAAUAAAAGCUUUAAGAAAUAUAUAAGUUGUUAAAUAUGUUGCCUAUAUUAGUAACAAGCUGCAAAUUGCGAGUUUAUGUUUAGUACUUCAAUACUUCUGUUCAGCACUUCGGUACUUUAGUAAGCAACUUGCCAAGUUGGCUUGCAAUUUCUAUGCCCAAUAUGCCAAAUUUAGUCAACAAAACUUUGGAAUCGCGCUUUGAAAAGUGACUUGAAAUCGACAGUAGUUUACUGUGUUUCUUACAUUACUGCAUUUCAAUAGAUUCAAUAAGCAUUUCCCCCCCCUAUUUUGGCCCUUGCUCUAUACGUAACCCAUUUCCCAUUAACCUUCUAUUAGUACCCCUCCCCAAGAAGCCCCACCCAAACAUGGCUGGAAUAAUUAGGUGUUUAACCACGAAGCUCUUUCUUACAUCAGAUAAUUUUACCCACGAUAUAAAAAAGAUCUUAUUGAAAUAAAGUACAAAAGAUGUGAAUAUAUAAUUCUUCUUCUUCCAGAUCUUCCAUAUUGCAUCUUUCUUCCUGACUGUGAAUUAUGCCACGCAUGUUUUUGUUCGGAUCAAACAGAGAACAAGGGACGCGGUAAGCUCUAUGUUGUGAAAUUUUUAUAGGUGAUUGAAAAAGUACAAUUAUCUUUUUACUGUAACGUACUACUAUUUCUCUGUCGUAGGGUUCUCAUGGCUUCUUUUAUCGAAAAUUAUUUUUUGGAUUGUAUUCUUUAUCUUGGUGAGUUAAUAAUGUAUCAUUCAGUUGAAGAAAUUUUGUAGAUGGAAAUUUCGAUUGGAAUUUUUGUACGUUUAUUAGACCUAACUAACCAGGAGCAGUUACGAAAAAUGCAACUAUCGACUCUGUGGAAUUGAACCUGCGCCGGGUCCUGCGAUUCCGGUGCAGCGCUCUAACCAACUGAGCUACAGAGAGACAGUUGUCGAGCUCUAACCAACUGAGCUACAGAGAGACAGUUGUCAAGCUCUAACCAACUGGGCUACAGAGAGACAGUUGUCGAGCUCUAACCAACUGAGCUACAGAGAGACAGUUGUCAAGCUCUAACCAACUGAGCUACAGAGAGACAGUUGUCGAGCUCUAACCAAUUGAGCUACAGAGACACAGUUGUCGAGCUCUAAUUAACUGGGCUACAGAGAGACAGUUGUCGAGCUCUAACCAACUGAGCUACAGAGAGACAGUUGUCAAGAUCUAACCAACUGAGCUACAGAGAGACAGUUGUCGAGCUCUAACCAACUGAGCUACAGAGAGACAGUUGUCGAGCUCUAACCAACUGAGCUACAGAGAGACAGUUGUCGAGCUCUAACCAACUGAGCUACAGAGAGACAUUUGUCGAGCUCUAACCAACUGAGCUACAGAGAGACAGUUGUCGAGCUCUAACCAACUGAACUACAGAGAGACAGUUGUCGAGCUCUAACCAACUGAACUACAGAGAGACAGUUGUCGAGCCCUAACCAACUGAACUACAGAGAGACAGUUGUCGAGCUCUAACCAACUGAGCUACAGAGAGACAGUUGUCGAGCUCUAACCAACUGAACUACAGAGAGACAGUUGUCGAGCUCUAACCAACUGAACUACAGAAAGACAGUUGUCGAGCUCUAACCAAAUGAGCUACAAAGAGACAGUUGUCGAGCUCUAACCAACUGAACUACAAAGAGACAGUUGUCGAGCUCUAACCAACUGAGCUACAGAGAGACAGUUGUCGAGCUCUAACCAACUGAGCUACAGAGAGACAGUUGUCGAGCUCUAACCAACUGAGCUACAGAGAGACAGUUGUCGAGCUCUAACCAACUGAGCUACAGAGGGCAGUUGUCGAGCUCUAACCAACUGAGCUACAGAGAGACAGUUGUCGAGCUCUAACCAACUGAGCUACAGAGAGACAGUUGUCGAGCUCUAACCAACUGAGCUACAGAGAGACAGUUGUCAAGCUCUAACCAACUGAGCUACAGAGAGACAGUUGUCAAGCACUAACCAACUGAGCUACAGAGAGACAGUUGUCGAGCUUUAACCAACUGAGUUACAGAGAGACAGUUGUCAAGCUCUGACCAACUGAGCUACAGAGAGACAGUUGUCAAACUCUAACCAACUGAGCUACAGAGAGACAGUUGUCAAGCUCUAACCAACUGAGCUACAGAGAGACAGUUGUCAAGCUCUAACCAACUGAACCCUUUUACAAUUAAUUAUAUUGAGUGUUGAUGUCCAAAAUCCUGCUAUUUUCUGUACAUUUAUGUUUUAUUUGUUUUACCAGUUGACCAAACUGAACAUCGAAGCUCAGCGGAUCGAGCGUGAACUACGGUCCGAGUUAGAAGGCGUGGUUACCAAAGAUCUUCACGAGGCCAUCUUGAAACGACAGCGUGUCCUGGAGGAGGAGGAGUCCAAACUUAAGGUAGAAGUGAUGAGAUUGAAGGAAAUUUCGGACGUUGCGUCACAUCAAGCGGAAGCUAUCCAGGCACAGCAGGAGUCACGUGACAAAGAACUGACGUCAUUGCGGAAACAGCUUUAUGAUGUCCAGAUGGAGAAUGAUGAUAAAACUAUCAUUGGUAAGCACAGCGAGUGGGUCGCUCUUUUGUUCUUCCCACACUAGGGUCAGGUGCGCGAUAGCCAAUAGCAAAAUAUUCGCGAAAACAUUCAAUAUUUUCAUUCGAGGCCACUAUCUUUAUCAGUGAUACCACUAUAACCACAAUGCAAAGCGCUACGAAAACGUAAUAAGGGGAAUCAUCAAUUCCGUGCGUGUGUCCUCUGAUAGAUCAUGGCUCUCGACCAAUGAAAGCGCUUGAAUUCUUAACGUUAUUAAUAUAAUAACAAUUAUUUAUCGAAAUCAAAACAAAAAUAAACAAGAAUCGAGAAAAUUUUUUAAAACAAUUUCUAUUUGUAUAGGUAAGCUUCAUCAUCAUAUUGUCGCGUUGCAAGUGAGUGAAGGAAUGGCGAUUAAGAAACUGGAAACAGCUCAAUCUAAGGUAAUUGUUGAAGGGAUCUUCCAAGUGGAAUUUUUACACAUUUAUUACACGUAACCAGGAACAGUUACGAAAAAUGUAAGAUAAGAUAAGAUCAACUUUAUUUACUGUCGUUCCAAUUGAAGUGUUCCUCAAAUAUUGAUUCAAUACAUUACCUCAGGCUGACCAAUUCAUUUGAUCAAGUUCCUCGAGAUAUUCAUACACUUCCUGUGAAAGAGGCAAUUCCAAGUAUUUGAUCAUUUCUGGUCACUUCCUUUCUAUUUAUGAUUGGUUAGUUGCACAAACAACAAAGGUGAUUGGUGCAUUCAAACUAUUCAACAGGAAGUUUACAAUUAUACUAGGAAGUGUAUGAAUAUUUCGAGGAACUUGAUCAAAUGAAUUGGUCAACCCGAGGUAAUGUAUUGAAUCAAUAUUUGAGGAACACUUCAAUUGGAACGACAGUAAACACAUUAGCCUUUUCAGCAAGUGCUGAUUUCCAAAAGGAGUGUGUAAAUAUUUACAACUUAGAACUACUUUAAUAAUCGCAGAACUAUCGGCCCUGCGAUUCUGGUGCAGCGCUCUAACUGAGCUACAGAGAGGCAAUUAUCGAGCUUCAACCACAAGUUCAUGUAUAUAUAUACUGAUAAGGUGACGCAAAUAAAAAAUAAAGACUUUAUUUAAAGUGCGACUAAUCACUAAUAUCAGGGUUGCAAAUUACUGUCGGACAUCGGACAAUGUCCGACUAAAUUUGGCAAAUGUCCGAGCAAAAGUAAUUUUGAUCGGACAUUGGUCCGAUCACAAAAAAAAUUGUCACAUACAUUUUUUUGCUAUGAUAACAUCCGAUUGCAAAUUCACUCAAUUGUCAUUUUGCAAUAAAAUUUACGAGGCGUUCUAGCAUUUAAUCUUACUUAACGUUGCGCCGGAAUGGCAUACAUACUUGUCUUGUGACUUAUAUAUAUCUUGUGACGUAUGUAUGUCCGACCAAAUUUAUUCAAAUUCAAGUUUAUAUGUCCGACCAAAAUUAAAAGUGAUCGGACAAAUGUCCUGUCAAGUCAAAUAUUUAUUUGCAGCCCUGAAUAUUUAUAAUAAAAAAUCCCAUCUUGAUCAACUUUUUCACUGUCAAAAUUUGCGGAUAUGAUGUGAUUAGGUGAAUUGCAGAUUAGUUUUUCUUUGUUUUUUGUUCCAAAAAUUCACCUAAUGACAUCAUAUCUGGAACUUUGACAGUGAAAAAGUUAUCAAGAUGAGGUUUUUUAUUAUAAAGAUAUAUUACAUUUCUUCUCAGAAUGACCCAAAUGUUACGCAUACCAAAAUUUAUAUUUGGGGUUAGUCGUACUUUAAACAUCUCAUUUAAACAUCUCAUCAGUAAUGCAGCUGGUACAGUAUUAAUGGAGAACAGUGAUUACAAUUUACAAUUAUCAACGUUACACCUAUUUUAUAUACAGUGCAAUAUAAACAUGCAUUUUUUAUACACUACCAAUAUGAAACUUAUUGUCAAGUUCUAAAAGAUGCGCAUGAACAGUAGUACGCUUAAAUUUUGAGAAAGAUAUCAUUUCUCUAAUGUUUCAAGGUAAAGAGUUCCAGUCUUUUGCACCAGCAUACUUGAAUGUUGAUUGACCUAUUGUACUGUUCACCUUCGGAAGAUCAAUGUACCGUGUAUGGGAAAUAGAGAGGUUAAGAUACCCCGGUUUCGGUGUACGGGUACGAGUACCAUGAUUUUGGUUAGCAAUAUUUUCGUCGAUGUCUGUACCUUUAAUCGUAAUUAAGGUGCACAUUUUCCCCAUUAUAUCAUUGUCUAUUGCAAGAAAACAGAAAAAGUAUGGUCGAAUUACAGACAUCAGUAAAACAAGAUGACACUACUCGUUCCGGUACACCGAAACCGGGGUAUCUUAACCUCUUUAAUAUAAGGAUUGUGGGCGUCUCAGUCCGUAUAACUAAUUCCUUCAAUAUACAAAGCGAUAUUUAUUCUAUUUUUACUCAGGUGUCAAAACUUGAUGCCCAUAUUCUCCGUCUGGAACAGAAACUGGACGAGAAAGACCAGGACUUGUACCAUGCUAAACUGGAGGCGAGAAAUAAAGCGAAAUAUCUGAAGCAAACUAUUCAAGAUUUAAGACGACAGUUCAGUGGUUCAUUGCCUCUCUUGAAACAAGAAAGAUUUGCGGAGGCCAUGAGAAGCCUUCAAGACAGUAAACUGAAGUUACAACAAGAUCUUGACAAGGUCAGUUUAACUUUUGCACCUUAGCUGUGCUUCGUUAUUAGACAGUCUGGUUUACACUAUUAGGAAUUUUGCAUAGGGAAAUUCUAAGUUUUGAAUGAUUUGUAAGAAAUGUUUGAAGAAACUGACUCGUGUGUUAACACUGACUCAGUUUCCCUCAAAUACUUCUACAAAUCCUGCAAAACUUAACUCCUGCACCUUAGUAGCUGUGCUCUGUCAUUUUGCAUAGGGAAAUUCUAAGUUUUGAAUGAUUUGUAGGAAAUGUUUGAAGGAGCUUACUUACUGUUAACACUGACCCAGCUCCCUCAAAUACUUCCUACAAAUCCUUCAAAACUUAACUCUUGCACCUUAGCUGUGCUCUGUGUUCAGUGGUUUACACUAUCAAAGUUUCUGUGAUCACAGUAGGAAUUUUGCAUGGGUAAAUUCUAAGUUUUGAAGGAUUUGUAAGAAAUGUUUGAGGAAACUAAUUCAGUGUUAAACAUUGAGUCAGUUCCUUCGAAUAUUUCUUGUGCUCUGUUAUUUAAGUCUGGUUUACACUGUUAAAGUUUUGUGAUCACAGUAGGAAUUUUGCAAAGGUAAAUUCUACGUUUUGAAGGAUUUGUAAGAAAUGUUUGAAGGAACUAACUCGUGUGUUAACACUAACUAACUCAAAUAUUUCCUACAAAUCCUGCAAAACUUAACUCCUGCACCUUAGUAGCUGUGUUCUGUGAUCAGACUGUCUGGUUUACACUAUAAAAGUUUCUGUUAUCACAGCAAGAAUUUUGAAGGAUUUGUAAGAAAUGUUUGAAGGAACUUACUUGCUGUUACCACUGACUCUAUUCCCUCAAAUAUUUCUUACAAAUCCUUCAAAACUUAGAACUUACCUAUGGUGGAUUAAACACCGAAAUAAUUGAUCGGCAAACCGAGCUCAUGUAAACAUGCCCUUAGUUCUUUCUUUUUCAACAUCCCAGGCUCAGAAAGAACGUGAACAAGCCUCGUUACAAUUAGUAGAACUGGAACUGAAACACAAGAACCUUGAAGAACUAUUGAGUACAUUGAAGGACGGUAAGGGUGCUGCUAAGGUUAUCGAGUGGCACAAGAGGAUAGAGGAGAUCAGACUGAAAGAUUUGAAACUGAAUAGAAAUAUAACGAAACUUCAUGAACAAAUCAAAUUCUUGGAAAGUCUGAAUAAGAACCAAGAACAUUCCUUGGUGAGACUGGAGGAAGAGAAUGUCAGGAUGGCUAAGGUGAGUAGCAUGUAUAGAUGGGGUGAUACUUGCAGCACAGUAGAUCGUGUUUACGAUCAAGGAGUGUGUACCAGCACAGUAUAAGAAAACUACAGUAGGGCCACUCAGCGUAAAGAAGUGUCCACAUUGUUUACUGGCUGUCAACCUAAUUUACAUAUUGGCAGCCAGUAAACGGCAGCAGUUCACUAUAAAAUUGUAUUAGAGAGUAAUGAUUUUGACCGUGUAAGACACCUGCGACCUAGCUUAAAUAAUUCCCACUUUUCUCUUCCCUAAGUGGCCCUACUGGUUGUCUCCCUAUACUGUGGUACCACUGUUGGUUUUCGUCAACAGGUGUGCAAGGGGGUGCAAACAAUUAAAUUUAUCUUACUUUUAUAUGUUUGAGGUAUUCAAAGUGUGCUAUCAUUCUUAGACCAACAUAAAUUUUCAAAUUCAAGACAGCACUAAAUAUUAAGUAUUUUGAACUGGCAGCACUAGUUCAAAAUGCUUAAUAUUUAAUCAUUAAUUUGUUUUUGAUUAAUUAAUAAUAAUUUAUUUGUUUAAUGUGGUCUCGGGGAUUAAUAUUUUAUGUAAUUAUUGAUUUGUUCAACACAUCUGUAAAUUGCACCGCCCCCCCCCCCUGCUCACCCCCACCUGAAUCAUGUUCAUUCUCUUAUUCAGCAACAUGAAGAGCGUCAAUUACUCUGGGAUCAACGUGAGGUUGAACUUGAGAGAUCUUUAGCCAAAUUGGAACAACAACAAGCCGACAUGGCCCAGGCUGCUUUGCGCUUCGAAGAAGCCACUGGCUCGGUCCCAGAUCCCAAUCUACCGAUCGCGAACCAACUCGAGGAGGCGAUCAGACGUAUUAAAGAUCACGUUAAAAUCAUUAUUGGAUGUCGACACGAAAAUAAAAACUUGAAAACGCAAGUUACUGAAUUGAAGCACGCUUUGGAGGAACACGCAACCAAAAACACGCAGAACGCGAAAAUUAUCAACGAGCUUCGUUUGAGGUUACCCGUCAGCGAACGGCUGGCAGUGACCGAGCAUGUUGAGAGAUUGGUCACUAGACCCCAGGACUAUGAGGCUAAGAAAGCGCUACAAGUAGCCCAGUCUACAAUCUCGAGUUUGCAACAGAUGAUUACAAAGAAAGAAGAGUCCAUAUUGAAAUAUCAGGAACUACUUAAGGUAGCGUGUUAUUGUUUUCUAGCAGACAAUAUUCUAUUUUGAUAGUAUGUUGACCAGUGUCACAGUGAUUGGUGCGUGGGUCUUUUAUUCUGUGAGCACGAUUCUAGUCAGUAAUACUGGACUUCUAUGGAGAACAGUUUAGAACUGACAGAGCUAUCCAGUAUAAAUAAAGUUAGUUUAGUUUAGGUUUCCUCCUGUAGUAACACUGGAUCAAUAAGAGAUGAUUUAUGGACCUCUAGUAUAAAUAAAGUUAGUUUAGUUUAGGUUUCCUCCUGUAGUAACACUGGAUCAAUAAGAGAUGAUACUUACUGGACCUCUAGGAAGAACAGAUUAGAACUGAUGGAACUAUACAGUAUAUCAUCCAGAACCAACAGUUUGAAGUUUAGUUUAGUGGAAAUUUACCACAUGUGACGGACACACAUUGACAACAGAUGUAAUUUUCUGAAGUGUCUUUUCUAUAUAAGAAUUUACUCUGCGACCACUACGUCUUUUUUGAGACCACUACCUACGCCACGUUUUAACUUUUUCUGUUUAAAUAAGAAGCUUCAUCUCUUUGUAAUUCAGGAAUCGCGAGAUGACAUGGAGGCCCAAACACAACAACACAAAGCUGAAAUCAAGCUCCUUCAGGAUCGCUUACAACUCGAGGAGGACGAAGCAUUACGUAAGUUUAAAGCUCAUCAAACUGACGUCAUUAACAGCGCGAGUAGCGCGAGGCCUGGGAACAGGGAAUUGAAACGUCUCUCUGAACUUGAGGAGUUAGCCGCUGAACAAGAGAACGCUUUGGCCGCGGCAGCUGAGAGAUACCAGAGGUCUCGGAACGAGUUUGGGAAACUUAAAGUUCAGUGUGAAGAUAUGGUGAGUGAAAUAUCCAAGAAAGCUGAACUAGCCGAGGCGAGGUUGCUGGAGAGGAUUAAGGGGCUUGAGAACGAGUUGGAAUCACGUGAACAGAACCUUCGAGAACGUACGAAAGAGAACGAAGUAUUGACGGAAGAACUCGAAGCUGCCCGAGAAGCUAACGAACGUGCUCCGACCCGAGCUAUGAAAUCUUUAGUUGAGAGAUUACGUAAUCAGCUUCUGAUUAAAGACAAGGAGCAAAAGACUCUCAGUAAAGCACUCAGGCAGUUGCGGGCGGAUAUGGUCAACACUGCCGAGGAAAACCUGCGGGCAAAUACCCAGCUUGCAGGCGAGGAAGUUAAUGUACAGAUGAUUGUCGCGCGGGAAACGGCUGAGCUGCGUGAACGCGUGGAAGGAUUGGGCUCUAGACUGGAGAAAAUGAAAAAUGAAGUGAAGAAAUAUAAAGAAAGGGAAGGAAACUUGCAGGAAGAAAAUAAUAGAUUGAAAAAGGUAAGACAACAAGAAAUAUUAAUCCGUACUCAUUAAGGCACUUUAUACGCUUGAAUUUUUCAUCUUUCAGGAUUUAGAGAGGAAGAAGACGGCUCUUGUACAAAUGGCGGACCAACAAGAACUGGGAGACGGUCGUGAGAAUGCCGAAGAUAGUUUAAGAAAUGAAAGAAGGAAGAGACAGGAAUGUGAACAGCGUCUGCUUGAGAUGGAAAAGAAAAUGCAAAGAUUGAAUGAGAAGAAUAAAGAGAAAGAAAUGAGAGAACAAGAAGAUGGCAAGAAAGAGGAGAAACAGAAGGUUGGUCUUUGCGAUGGUUUUGUGUCUAAGGUACUUGGACUGACAGAGCUAUCCAGUAUAAAUAAAGUUAGUUUAGUUUAGGUUUCCUCCUGUAGUAACACUGGAUCAAUAAGAGAUGAUCCUUACUAGAUCUCUAGGAAGAACAGUUUAGAACUGUUAGAACUAUCAAGUAUAAAUAAAGUUAGUUUAGUUUAGGUUUCCUCCUGUAGUAACACUGGAUCAAUAAGAGAUAAUCCUUACUGGACCUUUAGAGAGAACAGUUUAGAACUGCUAGAACUAUCCAGUAUAAAUAAAGUUAGUUUCAAUCGUCGUCAUUUUCUUUCUUUAGAGCCAGAAAAUGAGUGAGGAAGUUUUAAAGUGGGAAGAAGGAAAGAAAUGGCAACAUAAAGUGGAAACAUUGAAAGCAAAACUUAUGGAGAAGACGAAGGAAUUAGAAAAAGCUGAGAAAUCUUUGACUUUGUGUCGCGAUGCUCUGAACAGGGGAGAGAAAGCUAGCUCGCAGACCAAACUCAAGAGGUACGACGAUUUUCCUGAAGAGGUUUUGUUGAUGGAAAUCUCGAAGUUUGUAAAUUUCCAACUACAGUAUCCCCCCUAAAAUUUAAGUCUAUUAUGCAUCGAGUUUGCUAACCUUAUUCCACUGACUAUGGUUCUAUCAAAAUACUGGUCAAAUUUCAGUAUGAGUUUCAAAUAAGCAAUUCCUGCUUUUAAUUUAUGCGCGCAGGGGGAAGACAGUAAGUAAGGUAUCAUAUUGCUGAUUAUGCUGAAAAAUUUCAAUAAAAACUGCCGAAACAACCGAAAUAUUUCAAUUUGUACAAUUAUAAACUAUCACUCCGUGUUUACACGGCCGCCAUUUUUAUUUUUUCGGCAUAGUCAGCAAUAUGAUACCUUUCUUCCCAUCCAGCCCUGCGUGCAUAAACUAAAAGCUGGAAUUGCCUAUUCAGUUCCAAAUUCAAGUUUGAAAAACUGACAACACUGCAAUACAUAUGGAAAACGGCGAAACGAUGUCUUACUAUACAGGGUUCGUAGCGGUCUUUGAAAUCCUUGAAAAUCUUUAAAUUUGAAGUCUUUAAGGUCUUUGAAAAGUCUUUGAAUUGUGUGAAAAAGCGAAGAAAGUCUUUAAAAGUCUUUAAAUUCUUUAGUGAGGAAUUGAUUAUACGAUUUCCUAGCUAAUAAAAUAGAUUGAUUGAAGCAAGAUUUUCGCAAAUAUCGACGAAAAGGCGCAUUUUAGGAUGUGAUUUGACGGGACUAAUUACUGGGUAAAAAUGGUGCUUACACUCGCAAUUUUUCAACAGCUGGUUGCUCUCAAAGGUCUUUGAAAAGUCUUUGAAAAUAGGCAGAAAAAAUCUUCGAAAGUCUUUGAAUAUUUUUGGUCUUGGAGACUGCGAACUGAACUAUUAUUUCUUUCUCUCAAGUUCCCGCUCGACUGUUGAUGCAUCAACAUUACAUCGUGAUGACGUCAUCCAGGAUUUGAAACAGAAGGUGUUUGACGUGGAGAGCGAGGUACUGAGGGAUUUCGUAUGAUACUUUACAGGCACAUGCAGGGCACAUGCAUUAACCAAUGCACACCAUUUCUAUUUCAGAAUCAAGAUUUGCGGCAAAGACUUGCUCUGGAUCGUGACGUUAGACAACAGGUCGGUCAGUUCUGGGUAUUGAACUAUUAUAAAUAAACUGGAAGGCUAACUGCUAUGAUGAAGGCCUGUGAUUUGCUGAAGCCAAAAUAGUUUUUCUGGGUUAUGAGCAGAAAUACUUGAUCCCAAACGUCGGGCUAUAUAUCAAACUGAAGCUAUCGAAAAUUGCUAUUCGGUGUGGAAAUUUCAAGACUUCAGCGAAAAUAAUAAUAUUUUAAAAAAUACAAAACAUAAGUCAAAUACAAAUUUUCAAUAGCUUCAGUUUCAUAUACAGCACAACGUUCGGUGUCGAGUAUUUCUGCUCAUAACUCAGAAAAACUCAAAUGCACUGGCUUCAAUCCCCCCCCCCCCCCCCCCC